AUGUAUCGGAAGUUGUCUAAGUUAGAACACUCGGAAAUAAAACAACUUCUUACAGAAGCUAAUAUAGAUGUUGCAAAACAUUACGCAACAAACAAAAAAGCACUCGCUGCCAUCCUCAAUGACUAUAAUGGUGCAAUAAGUUAUGAUAGAAUUCAUGAUUACAUUAAUAACAAAACAUUUCCUUUAAAUGACAUUGCUAUUGACUUAUAUCAUAGACGUUCAGUACCUCAUGAAGUAAGGCGUGAGAUGUUUGACAUAACAAAUGCGAACGUUGGUGAAACAAGAAGAAGAGACGACACACUGAAACAACAGAGAAGAGAGAUGUUUAAAAGUGCUAUAGAACAAGUUCGCAAAGCUAACGAUGUCAUUCGUUCCAUUGACGACAAACCAAAAGAAGGUGAGAGAUGGUUAAAGAAAGAUGAAGAGAAUAGGAAGAGAAAUGUGAAGUCAGGCAAUAGACUCAUUGACUUUAACAUCGAAGCUUUAGAUGAACCAAACAGAGACUACUUACACAAACAUUUCGGUAAGGUUUUCAUGAGACUCUUAGAGAAGAUUAAAAUAAACUCCCAACAAAGAUGGAUGGUAUGUUAUAAACUUGGUGGAAAGUAUGAAUGUUCUACGUUAAACCUCAAUAAUAUUGGAACAUUACUACAUCAGCUCUUGAAGGAGAACUUUAUAUCAGAGAUAGAAGCAAAUGCUGCAGGUAUUGUUGAAAUGCACUAUGACUUCUUCUUGACAAACAUAAAGAAUCUUACCGAAAUAAAGAUGUAUGAUUUAACAGAAUAUGAAGGCUUAACGAUGUCAGAUGUUAAGAAAGGAAAGCCACAGAAGCGACCAUAUAGAGAUGAAAGCACACUGACAAAUGACCAGAAAGCCAUUUUGGAAGCUCUUAAGCAAACAGGAAACCCAGCACUUAUAGAAAGCUUUUGGAAAGAUA